CAUCCAGGGAGAUUACCCAAAUAUCACAGUCACCCUUCCCAUUUCUUACCGCUCGUUGUCUCUAGACAACCGCGAGGUUGCGCAGUUACUUGUCAUCAUUCCCAGGUCUGGUACACACUACGUACGUUACCAGCGUAGAUCUAUGCUACGUGUGACUCCCUUCAAAGUGUGAUAAAAGGUGAGUAACAUUAUAGUUCUAUACACUCGAUUCCUUUGCUGUAAUGCGUUCUUUUCCGAUUGGAUAUGGAAUCACAGCUGGCCUGAACGUGUUUACUGCAUGAAUAAUGCAGUAAAUCUUGCCUGUGACUGUGCCGCAUGCAUGAAAAAUCACUAGACCUCGAUUAGAUGCGCAUUUGGUUCCAUCUGCGUCUGUGUGUAUGAACACAUGCGCCUACUGUGAGAAUCUCCGCAAAGCCUAGAGGUUGCCUAGAGAGUAACCAGGUUAUCGAUAAAACAAAUAGACUUAAUUUUAAUCAUACAUCUCUGUCUACAUUAUUAUCUAGUGACUUGCCUGAGAUGAACGUUGAUAUGAGGGCAUGUGCUAUCCGUUUCUUUGUCUUGCUGUGGUAUCACAACCUUGGAGGUGUUUUUUCUCUGUCAUUCCUACAACAACCACACGACCAAAUUGCAGUGCAAGAAGAAAAUCUCACUUUGCAUUGCAUUGUCGGUGGCGACGACAUCCAAGUUUCGUCUGUGGAAUGGAACCGGAACGAAGCACGCAGUUUACCUCCGGGUUACACAACCAACUCGACAGUGACCGACGGCCAACUGAAAGGAACGUUGACGUUUCAUGCGGGGAAAAGUGAUUCGUAUGAAGGACAGUAUCACUGUGUGGUUACAAGUCGAAAGGGUAGCAUACGGAGUCGAAAUGCUUGGAUCAAAGCGAAGAGAAUCACUUCAGUGCCACAAUUCUGUGGACGCAAUGAAAGUCUCGUGACCGUUGCAACUACUGACACAGUGGCCGUUCAACAGCGAGGCUAUUUUGCUGAAUCUGAUGUAAUAUGGAAAGUUUCAUGUGCAUUGAAUACAACGCUAUCUUUCGAUAUCAGUAUGCUACCACAACAUUUGAGUCCCUAUGAACGGCUCGAAUCUCAGUCUACAUUGUUUCUCUCUUUGCAUAACCUGAAAACAACGACGCCAACCAAUUGUUCAAGAUUUAGAAUAGAGUCACUAUUACCUGGUUCCAAUCACUCAGUCAUUGUUGCAUUUUCGGAAAAAAAUAUUGACCUGAAGAAUACAACACAUAUUUUUCUGUUGAAAAAGGUGGCGUUAGUUGGGAGUAAUGUAACUCUCAAUUGUCUACAAAAUCAUAUGAACAAGAGACAUGCUUCGUAUGAGUGGCGAAAAGAUGAGGACAAAAUUGAUGUGAAGAAUGGCACGAUAAAUAAUCCCUUCGCGAGAAUUCUGAAAAUUUCUAAUGUUUCUUUGGAAGACUCAGGAAAUUAUAGCUGCAUCAUUGCCAAUGCAUCUAACUGGCAUUACUCUGUGCUUACUCAGCUUGUAGUCCUUGCUAAUCCGUUUGUGUUAAUCUCUCUCAGUGAAACCAGACGAACCGAAGUUAACGUUACCUGUAAUGUUUGGGGUGUCAGACCUCUCACACUCUACAUAUUACACAAUGCGGCUAUAAGAUGGAAACAUGUAUUAGUUGGACAAGAUAGCAGCAGCCAAAUAUCAUACACCUUAAACGUCACAGAGUCUGGAUACGUUCAAUGUCUGGUCUCGAAUAACUAUGGUAAUUAUCAAAAUAAAAAGUACAAUGAAGUAGGCCAGCAUGCUUUAGUCACACCAACAUCGACAUUCCUUUUGCCAACAAGAAACAAUUCCACUGAAAGAAACGAAACAUCAAGUUCAACAGUUUUGGCUACCGAUUACAUAACUACAAAAUUUCCCCCAAGCCAAACAAAUCAAUCAAAUAAUUCAGAUGAUCCAAUUUCUUGUUUGGGAAUCACGGGUCUAUCUAUUGUUAUAGCAGGUUAUGUAAUCCUGCUCAUAAUUAUACUCAUUCUCGUCUGCAUGUUGUGCCACCAAAGAAAAAGAGAGCAGCCUAAAGUGGCAAAAAGAUCUGUCGAAAGUAGUACUGUGCAUAGCAACAGUGGCUAUCUAGAAAACCACUUGCCCUCUCCACAGACAGAUAGUCGUGUACAAUCCGCAAGUUUCCAGUCUCCUGCUGUCAAACAAAGCGAGGAGGACCAACGUGUCUAUGAUGUUCCUGUUUUAUCUGUACACAAGCCUGCAAUUUCGGUCAUUGAAUCAGAAUCCACUCCUUCAUCUCAGAAGACAAAUCAGAAGGUCAUGCAAGGCAAUGGAUACGCCAACUUGCCUGAUUGGAAAAAUGCUGCUUCAGACGAAACAACAACGGAUGACAGCGCAUGCUACAUGACAAUGAACCCUAUUAGACGCAGCAAUGCGAGCCAACAACAAGACUGUGUUUCUUGACUCACAGCAACGUCCAGAAGUUUCAGAUAUUAUAUAAACUAACAUCCUGCUAAGCAAACCUAGUAACACAUGCACACACACACACACACACACACACACACACACACACACACACAUGUGCACAUGCUAGAUACCCUUCCGUAUAGCAUGUGUUAGGCCGUGGUUUGUGUUUCUGUUAGCUAAUUAGAUGUGACUUGCCACUGUCUACACUCAGUGGGUUUUGAUACUGCAGUGCAUUUCAAUGCAAAUAAAAUUGUACAAUUCAGAAAGUUGA